AUGGCUUCCGUUUCGAGCAGACUACAAUUUGAGCUGGUGAAAUGUUGUCGUCUCCAACAAUCUCUGAAGAAGUGUGUGUCAAGGAACAUCAGUUUUAUUCAAAGGCGGCGCCUCGCUGGUUUCCCUAAUGGAAUUACAACGGACAUAUGUAUACGUAAUUCUUCACCAAUGUGUUUAUGUGGGAAGGAGAUAUUAUCAAGAGAAGUUAGGUACUUCAGUGAUAGCCUAUUGUCUGACAAUAUCGGAUUAGGGGGAGAUAACCAUGUAUUAGCAUCUCCUUUUGGUCUAGUGGAACCAGAAUUAAAUAUGCUAUGUUCAAAUAUAAAACAGAAACUAACACCACAGAAUGAAGAAUUAGCUGAUAUAACACAGUACUAUUUUGAUGGCAAGGGCAAGGCAUUCCGUCCCAUGCUAGUGAUGCUUAUGGCUAAAGCUCUGAAUGCUCAUAUGAAGAAAUCAGACAGUUUACUACAGAGCCAGAGAGAAGUAUCUAUGGUUGCUGAAAUGAUCCAUACAGCAAGUUUAAUCCAUGAUGAUGUCAUUGAUGCAUCUGACACACGCAGAGGAAAGCCUACUGUAGAUAAUUUAUGGGGGCAGAGGAAGGCUAUCUUAGCAGGUGACUAUAUUUUGUCAGUGGCUUCUGUAGCUAUAGCCAAGAUCAGAAAAGAAGAGGUUGUUUACAUUUUAGCCCAGGUUAUAGAAGACUUAGUACGAGGAGAAUUUAUGCAGUUAGGGUCUAAAGAAGAUGAGAAUGCCAGAUUCAACCACUACCUCAAGAAAACAUUUAAGAAAACUGCUAGCCUUAUAGCGAAUACAUGCAAAGCUGUGGCUGUCCUUGCUGAAUGCCCAGAUGAUGUUGUAGAAUUAGCCUAUCAAUAUGGGAGGAAUAUAGGAGUAGCUUUCCAGUUAAUAGAUGACCUACUAGACUUUACCUCAUGUGAUCAUGUAAUGGGGAAGCCCACCGCUGCUGAUCUCCGCCUUGGAUUAGCCACUGCUCCUGUGUUGUUUGCCACCAGUCACCAUCCAGAGCUCAACUCUAUGAUAAUGAGGAGAUUUUCUUUGGAGGGAGAUGUAGAAAGGGCAAGGGAAAUGGUGGCUAAUAGUAAUGGGGUGGAACAGACUCGCAUGCUCGCAGAGGAACACAGUAAGGAGGCAGUAUACCAGCUUUCCCAUCUGGCUCCCUCCACUUACAAGGAUGCCCUCAACAAUAUAGCUACUGUUGUUCUAACACGCACCAAAUGACGAGCGUAAACAGUAGGAUUUAUGUGACAAUUGUAUUUUAUAUUCUGACAUAUGAAUGGUUGAUUUGGUGCUAUUUUUAUUUGGUUUCGGCCAAAUUAAUAUAGCAUAAUAUUUUAGAUGUGGGGGUCGAUUAACUUUACAGGAUGGGCUCGAUACAAAUUUGUUUUACAAAACAAAAAAUUUGGAGAUCAGAAUAAUAGUAUAUCUGCAAUUAUUAACUUAAUUCACAUUAUUAUCUGAACUUGUCUCUAUUUCGGAAUGAAUAUUCUUUCUUUCUCUGUCGAGUUCUAAGCCCCAUAACUGUCUCAACAUAGUGAGUUAAUAAAAAAGAAAAGUGGAAAUAAUUAGAGACAUCAUUUGCUGUUCAUCCUUAUUGUCAUAAAACUAUUGAUAUUUUAAUGGAGAAAUGUUGACAGAUGUCAUUGAAAUACAGUAUUUGGGAUAGUGUUAGUGCUUCUUUUACAAAUGCAUAUUUUAUUUUCCAGACUCUGAACAAACAAAUGGGUCAGUAGGAUUCUAUUGUUACAGACAUUUGUGAUAUUGUAUUUUCUGUAAAUACAGACUUUAGAUAGAUAUAUAACAGUUAGAAUAGUUUGUCGGGCUGUUAUAAACGGUCACUUGUGGAUAUGGUUUUUGCUGUUACGUGAUACUGCUUAUUUCAUCAAGGACUUAUGAAGAUGAUGUUUUAAGAUAUAUGAACUUGUAUUUGAUAAGUUAGUAGUAUGUAUUCUGUAGGAAUUUUCAGCGAAAAAAAAAAAACAACUACAAAAUUUGAGCGAAAAAAGAAACCAGUCUUAUUGUGAAUUGCUUUCGAGUGACUGUGUAUGAAAUGAUGUCGUCAUUUUAGAAUGAUCUACAUUUGUGUAUCAAAUAAUUAAUUUUUGUGUGGUCUGUGAACCUGCUAGGUCACUUUUUAAAUUUUCCUUUAUGCUAUCCAUGUUUGAAUGGUCAGCAACAUUUCAUCUUUGUAACUUCUGCCUUACAGUUACUGCAUAUUAUUUAUUAUGUUUUCAGGGUGAUAUCUAAUGGGCAGCAUAUAAUGUUAAGGGGAGAUAAUCAAGUAGACUGUUACAUAAUUGUGAGACAUCAACCUUAGAAAUUUAUAUGAAUAAUCAGAAUGUGAUUUUCUUUAAAAAGUAAAAUACAUUUAAAAGAUUUCACAUAAUGAUCAUUUGAUAGAUCAAAACUGAUGCAUGGUGAAAAAAUGAUUGAAAAAUAAGGUUCGAAUGAUGUAUAAAUUAUUGGAUUAAAUUGAUAUGUGCUACAGUAAGUUCUCUAAAGUUUACCCUUUAUUUAACAAACAUAAAUAAAAGAAACCUGUAUAUAUGUGUAAGAUUGUUUGAUGGAUGAAUGAUGACAGUGUUUAGAUGAGUGAAUGAUGGCUUAGUGUUACAGAUGGGUGAAAGAUGACUUAGUGUUGUAGAUGGGAGAGUGUUAUGGGUGAAUGAUGACUUUAUGUUGUGGAUUGGCAAGUGUAAAGGAUGAAUAAUGAGUUAGUGUUAUAGUCAAAUGUAAUGAGUGAAUGAUGACUUAGUGUUGUAGACAGGUGAAUCAUUAUCCUUUUGGUAUAUCUAAAGGCAGUGAACUGAUAUGCAAUGACAAAAUAUUUGUUAGAUUUCAUAUGUGUAACAUUGUAUACCCAUCAAAAUGCUUUUAACUGGACAUUUUAUGGACAUCUCCUCCUACAGUUUUCAACCAUUCUUUUUCAGACUUGGUAGGCUUAUCACCAGACAUGAUUAUGAAGUUGCUUUAUCCUGAACUCCAAUUUGAUUUGGCCAUAUUUAGAGUUAUUGCCCCUUGUUGUUUUCAUAAUGAAAAUCUUAACCGGAAAUCUGCCCUCGUUUCAAGCUGUUUCUUUUAGAUUUGGUAGGAAUAAUAAGCAUGACAUGAAGUUGUAUGUGGCAGAGUUAUUGCCCCUUGUUUUUGUUACGUUAAUCUUGUUCAGAGAUAUUCUCUCUUUCAGUUUUCAAUGGACUUCUUUCAAACGGAGUAGGUUUCAUAGCUAUGAAAUGAUGUUUUCGUGAACAGCAUCAAAAAACUCCACAGGCAUUGCCCUUUGACUGUUCAGCAUUUUCAUGAUCUCCUUCCUCAGUUAUUGUUCUAAUUUCAGUGAAACUUGAUAGGACUUUAAAACUGUUACAUAAAAUUGUGUUUUCCUUCAUGGCAUUGUGGUUUUCAGGGUUUUUUUCUCAUAUCUAGGCCAGAUAUUUCCUUUCUAAGUUUCUAUCUAACUUACUUGAGACUUGUUUUCCCUCAACCUUUUGACUCCUUAUUACCGUUUCUGUAUAUUCAUCUAUUUAAUACUGUAAUUCAGGAAUAUUGUUGGUCCUCCCCGCUGGCUGAUGAGUUGUUGGGAUGAAUCCUGACAAAGAUUGUGAAUAGAAAUUACCUUGACCAUAUUCAAGUUCAACUUCUUCUGACAAACCAAAAAGUGCAGAAGCAUUAUAUUUGACUAAUAGAUUUCAAGUAGAAAUCCCAACUUAUUUGUGAAAAGGUCAUAGGGGUCAAAUUUGUUAAAAUAUGGAAACAAAUUCCUGUGAUUAAUCAAAAGGGGCAGCUGAUGGUAUUUGGCCGAUCAAGUUCAUAGGAUGAAGCCUGACAAAGUUUGUGAAAAGAAAUUACCUUGACCCAUUUUAUAAUGUCACAGAGGUCUACUUUAUUAAAUCUUUUGAAAGACUAUAUUGAUUACCUGCCAAAAGACUGUGAAGCAUGAAACUUGGCAGAUACCUUCAUAACAUGAAAAUUGUUUUGAAGUUGUAACAGUGGGGUUGAAUGCUCAUGUAUUUGAGAUGAGCAUUGAAUACCAGGUAAGCAAUUCAAGGGCAUUGGACUUUUUUGCUUUCAUCAGAUCUCUUUAGCUGUCAACCUACCUCAUUAAAACUUGAUUGACUGCAUUACCUUGGCACAAGUUAUAUUUUCCUGAUUAGCAUAUUGAUUGGAUAAUUUAUGAGAAAAUUAUUGCGUUUUUUAGUUUCCUCAUUAUUCGGUUUUGUUAGACCUCUUCUCUCCCAUUUAGUCUGAUACAUGCAGUGGAGUUAUCUUAAGAGGAACUUCCAUUUGACAAGUUUUGGACGAGUCAUUGCUCCUUUCAUCGUUUUUCUGAAGAUAAUUCAUUUGUAUUAUUGAUUUUACAUGAAACUUAAUUAGCAACACACAUUGUUGAAUUUCCAAUCAUACUUGGCAGAUCAUCUUUUACAUUCAGUUAUACGAAGAUAAGGUAGUGACAUUAUUUUUACCCUUUAUUAAGUAUUUCAAAACUUUGUCUUUUACCCCUUUUACUGCAAAAUCAUUUAUAUUCGUGGGGCCCAAGUUUUAUAUAUAUAUAUAAAGAUAUAUAUAUAUAUAUAUUUUUAAUCUCUAUCUCAUGGACAUUUGGUUUCGUUGAUAAAUAUAGACCAAUAAAUGUACUUGUACUAACAGUUCAUGGACACAUGAAUUUGCAGAUUACCCAUGAAAUCCCCCAUGAAAAUUGAUGAUUUCACAGUAUGUAUUGCCCAGAGUGUCAUGUCAUUGAUUUUAUGUUUCAUGUUUGCAGUCUGUAUGUAGACAUCUUGCUAAUCUAUGUAAAAUACAGAUUUUUUUUUACUUAUCUCUUCAAGGCACAAAUUCAAUUAACAUAUUGCAGUAAAAUUUAAUUUUGAUACUGAAUAUUUGAACUUGCUGCAACUCUUCAUCUGAAUUAAUGCUCUGAAGAGAGGUUGUCAUUGAAUGUAUUAAUAAACAUGUAUUAAAGGGGCAGGCUGUUGAAAAUGAGAUCAGAUAAUUCAAAGUCCUCAGGUGUUGUUAUAUACAUGUGAAAUGUAUACUGUCAUUCAUUAAAUCUGUUUUUGAUCAAGAUGCUUCAAAUUUCAUUGUCUAAAAAAGUUUUGAUAUGAAUCUCCACCACCACAGAUAUUCUAUACUGGUGUAAAUGAGGUAUAGUCAUGCAAGUUAUUUGUGUACACAUUACUGAACUCAGGUCUCAUUGAAAAAAAAAACAGACUGCCAAUCUACAAGUUUGUCAUUGAUUUAAAUUACCUCUCAGUUAUAUUCAUACAAUGAUUUCAUUUACUUUUGUUCAUAUACAGUGAUUAUUUUAAUGACAAAGACUGGCUUAUUUCAAUAAAUUAAAU